AUGUUAUCGUUGAAAAAUUAUUUUGUCAAUUUAAAUAUAUUUGAAUCAUCGACUGAUUCAACAGUAACAGAUGAAGAAAAAGAACAUCAACGUCGAUCAAAUAUUAUUUCAACUCGAAUCUUUUUCAUUGUUUUAAUCAUCGUUCUAUUUGGACUCGCUAUUAUUAUGAAAUCAAGAAGUCGAAAUACACUUAUAACAGUUGAAAAUCCAAGUGAAGAUCAAUUCAUAAAUUUACCAUCUAAUGCUCAUUGUCCAUGUUCUCGUAUAUCAUUAACCUAUGGUGAAUUUAUUUCAAUUCAAACUCAAUUUCAUCAGAUAUGUUCAAGUGAUUUUAUAUCUGAUCGAUGGAUUAAAACAAUUAAUUUUGGUUCAAAUACAACGUAUUUUUCCGCUUUUGACUUUCGAACAGAAGGGAGUGCAAUAUUCCAAUCACUUGAAAGUUUUUGUCGACUUUCAAAAGAUUAUGCUAUUCAAAGUAUUGAUUCAUUUAAUAAAGAUUUAUUUAUAAGUCAAGAAGUUUUAAAAGAAUCUGUAUUUCAAUCCCAAGCAAAUGCCACUAUUCAUCAAUUUCAAUUAUCAUCACCUAUUGGAUUCUCAACACAAUUAGAAUUAAUACGAAAAAUGAUAGCCGGAAAUCGUUUUCUAUCUGCUCUUCAAACAAAUUAUAUGCAAUAUUAUGCAACUCCAUAUAUCAAUGUAGUUCAAAUUACGGUACACAAUCAAAUUCUAACGGAUCCAGAGUAUUCCUCAUUCUGUUCUUGUCGAAUCCAUAUUGAUUGUAAUAUGCCAUCAAUGAUAUUUAAUGAAUUCAGACCUAGUAUUGAGUAUAUGCCGCCUUAUGAUAAAAUAUUAAUGAAAAUUCCUGGAAUGGUGCAUGGCUGUUUACCAGUAAAUACAAUUCUUCUCUCAACAUUAGAAUGUUUUUACAAUCAAACAUGUUUAAAUAGUCUUCUUUCAUCAUUAUCUACGAAUGAACCUUUUACAGCAAUGUCACAAUUCGAGCAAAGCCGUUAUGAGUUAAAUUCAACAAUGCAAACAAUUAUUGAUAAUUUAAUGAUUGAAGAAUGGGUGAUUGAUAUUUCUUAUAAGAAAUAUUAUAAACAAUGUGCUCCACUUUUAUGUACUUAUUUUAAGAAUGAAAAAUAUGAUUGGAGAUUUGUACUGAUACAAUUAAUUGGUUUAUUAGGAUGUUUAACAACAUUAGGUAGUUUUAUUAUAGAAAAUAUAGUGAAAUUCAUUCGACGACGACCAUCUCAAAAUAUAGAAUCAAUAUCUUUAACAACAAAGAUAAAAAGACUUUUGAAAAACAAUUUAAUUGAACUAAAUAUGUUUAAAGCUAAUGGAAGUAAUCAACAUCAAAUUAAUUAUCAAAGAAUUGCAACUCGAUUGCACUUAUUAGUUCUUCUCAUUCCGCUUAUUGUAAUUAGUUUUUAUUUAUUAUUAAAUGAAGAUCUUCAACAAAAAAUAAUUUCUCAACCAUCAGAAUUUCAAUAUAAAGAACUUGAAAAAAUUUAUUCUUCAAAUCUUUAUUGUCCAUGUUCAACAGUUUCAAUGAGUUAUUCAACUCUUAUUAUGAUUGAACCUUACUUUCACCAAGUAUGUUCAAGUGAUUUAAUAUCAGAUGCAUGGAUUAAUUAUAUCAAGGGUGACGACGUGAUGAACGAUUAUUUUUCAAUAUUUGACUAUCAAAAUUCUGGUGUAUUCCAUUUUCAGUUGUUGUCAUUGUUAUGUCAACACGCUCAACAAACAGUUAAUAUUAGUAUCAAAACAUUUCUUCAAACACAAUUUCUUUCUUCCCAAGUUACUUCUCAAAAUCAAUUUGAAGCUAAAAUUAAUUCAUCUAUUAAUGAUUGGAAAUCUCAAACUAUUGAUCAAUUUUUAGAAACAAUAAAAAUAUUUCAAGCUGUAUCACAUGGAAAUCAACUUGUUAGUGAGCUGUCUCAUUAUUAUAUUCCUUAUAUACACUCGAAUGAUACAAAAGUGAAUCCUGAAGUAGUGGAAUAUUUGAAUUGUUCAUGUGCUUUAUCUUCAUGCCUUAUCUCUAUCGGUGUGUACGGUAGCGAUGUAUAUUAUUUGGAGCUUCCCCAACUAUUUAUCAAAAUCCCAAAUUUUUUUCUGGGUUGUUCCCAAAUCGAAGGAUUAAUGAAAUCAACUUUAGAAUGUUUUUAUAAUCUAUCAUGUAUGAUUGAAUUAGAUGACAAUCUUAAUAACGCUCUUAGAUCAUCUUUUAAUUUUUCAAAUUUAAAUGAAAAUCUUAGUCCACCGAACGAAACAAUGGAAUCAAUUAUCAAUAGACUUAUGAUUGAUUCUUGGACAUCGAAUAUUUCAUUUUCUUCAUAUUAUAAUACAUGUUCUCCAUCAUCAUGCACAUAUCAAUAUAUUAGUCGAAAUGAUUUAUUCUUUGUUAUAACAACAAUUCUUGGUAUUUGUGGUGGUUUAUCUCUUGGAUUAAAACUACUUACUUUAAUUAUUCUUCGAUUUAUUGAGAAGACAAUUAAUAAUAAUUCUUUUAAUGGAUUUAUAACAAUGAUAAAAAACUUAUUUAUUUGUAAUACUGAACAGCGUAUUAUUAAUCGACUUCAUUUCAUUUUUCUUUUAUUAAUAUUAUAUUUCAUAUUUCUAUUUUCUGCUUUUAAACCAAAAUUAGUUACUGUUCAAAUAAUAAAACCAUCACUUUCAAAAUAUAAAGAUUUAUUAAAAGAUCAUUCUUAUUCUCUUCAAUGUUCUUGUUCACAAAUAUCUAUUCAAUAUGAAACAUUUCUUAAUAUUGAACCUCAUUUUCAUGAUUUAUGUUCAAGUCAAUUUAUCUCUGAUGAAUGGAUUCAUUAUAUUUAUGGCGAAGGUCAUCUUUCUCGUCGAUUUUCAUUCGAUGAUUAUCGUUAUUCAGCUCCUGGACAAUUCCUUUCACUUUCUUCACUUUGUAAACUUAGUCAAGAAAAACUUUUAUCUGAAAAUCUUUUAAUCGAAGAAAUUGAAAUAAUUCUAAAUCGACUUCAAUUAACUGCAUCCAAAUCAUUUAUUAAUCUUUUUAAUUUAAUUCGUGAAAUAAUUGGUUCGAAUAUGAUUAUGAGUGCAUGGAUCACUGAUUGGGAGUAUGCUCUUCAAAGUGAAUACUUUUAUUAUUUACCUGUACAUGUAGUACCUGUAAGUUAUGGUGAAUGUAAUUGUGGAUUAUCAUUUAAAUGUACCCAAUCAUCAGGAGGUAUGAUGAGUGGUUGUUAUCCACUUGAAUCUAUUCUUCAAACAAAACUUUACUGUUUUUAUGAUCAAAAUUGUAUUGAUUUAAAUGGAAAUUUUACAAGAUUAAAUAUGUCAACGUUGGCAAAAAGUCAAUAUAAUUUAAAUUCAACAAUUGAAUUAAUUUUAAAUAAUUUAAUGAUUGAAAAGUAUAAAAGUAAUUUAUCAUAUGAAAAUUAUUUUAAUCGAUGUGCGCCAUUAUCAUGUUCAUAUUCUUAUAUUAAAACUCAUGAUGUAACUCAAACAAUAAUAUCUCUCAUUUCUCUUAAUGGUGGAUUAGUUCUUAUAACUCGUUGUUUAGCAAUAAUUGUUGUUCAAAUUUAUAAACAUAAAAAAAAUCGAAUUAAAUCCGAAGUUCUUCAAUAA